AUGGAUAAAUACCGUGCGGACAUCGGCUGUCUACAAGAGACCAAACAAAAAUCUGGAAUGGACCUAACCUAUGGAAAUUACCGAAUGAUCUUGCUACCUUCCGACUGCAGACACUAUGGACAAGGUUUUGUGAUUCACAAGAGGCUCGGUGUCAAACGCUGGUGGAGAAUUACAGAUAGGAUUUCAGCAAUCCAAGUACAAAUCGGCGGUAAAGGCAGGCCUAAUGCAGUCGCAACGGUCAUUAACGUAUACGCCCCGCAUAGUGGCAGAAUCGUCAACGCUCCUGAAGAAAUCGAUGAAUUCUAUGAGGUACUGACCCGGACAUACCUAUCCUUGCAAUCGUCUACCCUCCUGCUCGUCGUCGGCGACUGGAACGCCAAGACUGGCAUCCGUCGAGGCACUGAAACUUUUAUUGGACGGCACGGAAGAGGAUAUAGAAACCUCCCAGGAGCCCUAUUGGCUAAUUUCUGUAAAACACUCGGGCUAUUCCUAUGUAACACGGCCUUUGAUCACUCUGCUCGGCACAAGUCUACCUGGACUGGCAGGAGACGUGGUGAAGACGGGAACUAUGUGCCGAUCUACAACCAAAUUGACUAUAUUGUGUGUCGCCAAAGAGACACAUGGCUUCUACAAGACUCUCGUUCUUACGGGGGCUCGGUCGUUGACAGUGACCACAAGAUAGUCAUCGGCAGAUUCAACCUGAAGAAAUUAUAUGUGCUGGAUAAAACAAAUCGUCAAUUCCCUCAUAAAUCGGACAGAUACUUGUCAGUUGUGCAAAAGGAGCUUAAGCUGAGGGCUGAGAACACCAAAGAUAUGGAUAGCAAACUCGCACUGAAAGGCCGGCGUGCUGGCAUCCAAAAACAAAUAAAGACCCUAAACCUCCAAUAUGGCCGGGAUAUCCUGGCUUCCCGUCUUGGAGAACUGGAAACCCUCAAAGAUAAUGCACAUUCUCCAUGUGUCAUUCAUCGUAUUUUACAUCGCCAUCAACUGGUAUCGAAGAUUUUAUGUCAUGAUUUACAUCAAUCUUUAAACAUUGUAAUCAAAACAAUUAACAAAAUAAAAACACGAAGCAAAUGUGAUAGUUUUUUUAGAAAGUUUUGUAAGGAUGCUGGUAAAGAUUUUAUUCGACUUUUAUUACACAUGGAAUCAUUAAAGUUGAUGGCCACUAAGCCUCCUAUUACGCCAAUAAUUGUUAAAAGACCAAGAGAUCGUUAUAUAGCUGAUUUACCAGAUUUACGAAGAUAUAGUGACAUCAAUGAUUCAUUUUCUUGGGUUAAACCUGUAAACCCCCAACUGAUUUUUGAUGAAAUCAAUGCUCGAGAAGAUAGUUUGGAAAACACUGCAAAUAGACCAGAGAGGUAUCUUUAA